AUGGCGAUACGGAGCGACACCGCAUUGAUCGACGACAUCGUCUUACAGCGUAUAUUAAGAAUCAGCGACUGCACCCAUCACGAGAUCCCAGACGGAGUUCGACCGGUGAAUCCUGCUCUUGCUGAUGUCGGGCUGAUCAACAUCGCGAGCGCUCCUUGUGCUACUGCAUCUUUUGACCUCCUCGUCUGUCGCGCUCUUCCUCGCGCAUCUGCCAUGACCUAG